AUGUCUGAAAACUCCAUUUUCUAUUCCGCCGCCCCGUACCAUAUCAUCAGCUACGGCACGCUACUGGGAGCAGAGAUAUUCCAAUCCUUCAUUGGCGGGAUCGUGGCAUUUCGCUCUUUGCCACGCGCACAAUUCGCAACGCUUCAAUCGGCGCUGUUCCCGAUCUAUUUUGGUCUACAGACGGCUCUCCCCGUCGUGCUGGCAUUGACGUUCCCCGCCGAGCGGAGGGCCAUCGGGACCAGCGCAUCCAGCUUCGCCGGUGUAUUAGAGCCGGUGAAUAGACUGCAUGUGCUGACGCCAAUAUCUAUCAUUUUCGUAGCGGGGCUCGUCAAUGCCGCCUAUGUCGGCCCGCUCACUACCAAGACGAUGCGGGAGCGGAAACACCAGGAGACCAAGGAUGGGAAGAAGAGUUACGAUGCGGGCCCGCACAGCCCCGAGAUGCAGGCUUUGAAUCGCAAGUUUGGUCAGUUACAUGGUGCUUCGACGUUGGUGAAUCUUGCAGGUGUGAUUGCCACGCUGUGGUAUGGGUUUUAUUUGGGAGAUCGGCUAUUGUAG